UGUUCCGCCAACACGUUCACCUGUCUACCGCCACCUGCCUCCAACUAGGCGUACACACGCGGGGACCGGGGCCCGCGUGUGCCCCGCCGCCGAGCGUGAUAUCCCGAGGGACCUUAGUUUCACCUAGCGCGCGGUGGGGCCUCGGUCUCGUCGCUCGUGGAGGACGCGUUCCGCAUCGGUAAUGCGACCGCACGCGAUUGUGCAGUCGACUUCACGCUGUCGCAGGACGCACGGACACUGCGCGAACGAGGUUUCCCCUUCCGAGGAGCGAGAACUUCCCGGACGACGGGUCCAAGUUCGACGGGACCAACCCCCGCGCGACGAACCCAUCGUCUCCCUCGACACCCGAAAACGGAUCUCGCGGAAACGGAUUCUCUCCACGGGUCUAUUUGUUUCGUAAGAAACGCAAAACUCUCCCGCCGGCGCUUCCCGCAGGUUGCCGCUGAUCACGCAGUGUUCGAUCGUUGUCGAUCCCGCCCCUCUGUGUCCACCGUCCGUGUGGAGGGGUUUUAUCGCGAUUAUACAAUAUUCGUAACGCGCGCCGGUUCCGCCAAGCUCGGGAACAGUUUGAGACUACGAAAUAGGUCGAUUAGUAGGUCUAGGGGGAAGGGAAAUGAGUUUAAGGUAAACUUGUUUUUAACCACGCGCGAUUGGAAGAAGACUUCGUAUGAGUUUGAGACUUCGGAUUGAAUGAUCGAGAAGUCUGUGAUUACGCCUGCCUGACGAUUUGCGGUAUUACCACUGCGUAUUAACGCUGGGUAACCGUUAAAGGGCAUCGGGCUCCGUCCACCUCCGACUGACGUCUGCUUUUGAUUCCUCGAUGCGAACGAGCGAGUAAAUCGACCAAUAAUGUCACCGGGAUAUCUGAAACGAUGGUGCGCGGUCUGUCGCAGUGGACCAAGACCCUGAGCUUCCCGGCGAGGGUGUCACCACAGAGACCCGCCAAGGAGGCCAAGGUUUUCCACGUAAGCCCGAGUGCUAGCCCCACGUCGCCGCCCAGUCCGAUCAACGACACCAUGGACAAAGCGCCUAUAAUUACCGACGAGAACUUCCCAGAUACGGAGGCAAAGAAGGCAAUAAUGGGCUCCAUCGUAUACUGCAUACAUCACAAGGACGGUUGCAAAUGGUCGGAUGAGCUGAGGAAGUUGAAGGCGCACUUGAACACGUGUAAACACGAUGCAGUUCCUUGCGGCAAUAAAUGCGGGGCGAUGAUUCCUCGUGUACUCAUGGAGGAUCACUUGAAGUAUACCUGUGCUCAGCGUAGGGCCCGUUGUGACUUUUGUGCCAAAGAAUUCACCGGACACACUCUAGAGAAACACACGGGGACAUGCGGCUACGAGCCUCUUUAUUGCGAAAACAAGUGUGGAAUGAAGGUGCAGAGGCGACACCUCGGCCAACACAAGCUGGGAGAGUGCGCUAAAAGACUGGUCGCCUGUCGUUACUGUAACAAAGAAUUCGUUUUUGAUACGCUUGGCGCUCAUCACGCGAAAUGCGGUCGAUUCCCGGUUGCAUGUCCUCAUCGUUGCGAAACCGCGGUACUACCUCGAGAAGAUCUCGAGGUUCAUCUGAAGGAUCAUUGCACCACGCAUCUACUUUCCUGUACAUUCAAGGACGCCGGUUGCCGCUUCAAGGGAAAUAGAUUCUCGCUGGAUAAACAUUUGGAGGAGUCUGCAAAGAUGCAUCUAAGUCUUAUGUGUAGUCUGGUGACGAAGCAGCAACACCAAAUAACCAGCUUGAAAUCGGCGAUCAGCAAGCUAUCGUUAAAUUACACGGGCACGCUUAUAUGGAAGAUCACGGAUUAUGCUGCUAAAAUGUCAGAAGCGAAAGCGAAAGAAGGGAUGGAGCUUAUUAGUCCACCUUUUUAUACUAGUCAAUACGGAUAUAAAUUACAGGCUUCCAUUUUCUUAAACGGAAAUGGGACUGGAGAGGGCAGUCAUAUCUCUAUAUACAUAAAGAUACUGCCUGGCGAAUAUGACGCGCUUCUCCGGUGGCCGUUUUCGCACAGUGUAUCAUUCACGAUGUUCGAUCAAACAGUCGUGGCAGAAAAGGCCUGUAAUAUUGUGGAAAGCUUCAUACCAGAUCCAACUUGGAAGAAUUUUCAACGACCGAGUCGCGAACCGGAUUCUCUUGGUUUUGGCUUCCCAAGAUUUGUUUCUCACGAAAUGGUGAAAAAGCGACAUUUCGUUAAAGACGACACUAUGUUUAUUCGAGUUAAGGUUGAUCCUAGUAAAAUCGUAGCGGUCUAAGGAAACAUGUUAAUAAAUCUGAAGAAACAUUAAGUUUCUGAAAACGGACUUUAUGUGAUAUUUCCAAGUACUUGCUUGAGCAGAACGUACUUAUGUCGCUUUAAAUAAGUCACGGUAGUUCAAAUUUAAAUUGAUUGAAAAAACGAGAAACCUGCCUGUUUAAUAAUUCUCGAAUCGUAAUACAAAAUUUUCAUUUAUUUAUGCACGAAUAUUGUCAAUAAUUGUUAAUUUAUUAACACUGCCAAAUGUAAUGAGUCAAAAUGCGUUUUUUUCCUAAUCUUUUGUAUUUCUUUUAUUUUUUUGAGAGAUUUUAUUGUUCAUGUAAAUUUCUAUUUUCUUAUAGAAUUGAAGCACACUGAAAUUUAAUAUUAAUCUAUUUAUCGCGCGAUAUUUUGCAAAUAAUUUUACUAUUUAUCUAAUAAUUUCUUAUUCAUUACACAAAUCUAAAUCUUCGAAAGCUCUAAUAAACGAAUGAAAUGCCUCGAUUUUUCUAAGUGGCCUUAUAAUUACGCAGUUAUUUUUAAGGAGAAAAAAUCAAAGAUUGUUAAGGGACUGUAUGUACUAUAAAUUUAGUAUAAAUGUAAAUAUAAAUGCGGAAUGCCAUACGAUAAUGGACAACGAAUAAAGUAAUCGAGACAAUGAUUCACUGAUGUAAAUACGCACCUAUUAUAUAUAGCGAUAAUGAGAAAAUGUGAUCGAGAUAUGCUAGUGAAUAUAUGUAACAUCUUGAGAACAAGCUAGCUAAUAAAAGUGUUAUACAAUAUUCACAUAUAAAA